UCCAUUGAGCGCUGCAGCAUCACUGCCCUCCUCGCGGAGCUCUCCCUCCUCAUGGCAUACGUGAAUGAACUGCUGUAAUGGGGAUCACGAAGAGCCGGGGCGCUCGCAUUUCCCUUGCCGUCUUUGACGUACGCUAAUAAAAAUCCAAAAAGAUAAACAACAAUAAGAAUAAUAAUAAAAAACUAAAAAUAAACCACAAAACAUUUCGUAUUGCAGUCAAAUUGUUGCAUUAAUUACGCGAGCUUCCGAUCUUUCAAAAUCUCUGUCACAUCGCGGACUCUUCACAGACACGAUCAGGAUAACACCUCUGGUUACAUUGCAACGGAACAACAAACAAAAAACGGAAAAAGGACCUUCGGCUGUUUUGGGAUUAUUUCCGCCAACUGAAAACGGAUUUUCCCGUACACCGCAUCACAGGGUGAGUGCCAAAAGGGCAGGACAGAAGCGUACGAAGAGGUCUCUCUUCCUUUGAACCUCGGCGUCCAGAGAAUGCACCUCCAAUGAGGACCCCCCCUGACUGUAGUUAACCCCCUACCCCUCCACCACCCCCCCUGCCCCCCACCAACCGGACCAAUCAGAAGCCAUGAUCUAACGAGGACACCUUGCUGGCCGCCAUGAAAAGGCUGGGUGCCAACCGCAGCCGCAUCCUGUCCGACUCCUGUGACAUCAUGGCGGGGCCCCAGGAGCCCCUGUACCCGCUGGCCCCCGACCCCCACACCGCCUACCUCCUCAGCCCCACCAUGGACCACUACGGCACCCUGGAGUUCCCCCCUCCCUCCAGCCCCACCUCGCUGCCUCCGGAGUGCCUGAUGUCCCUCAGCGCCCAGCUCUCCAACAGCGCCACCUACCCGUGCAUGCAGUACAACUCCCUGGACCCGGGCGACCCCAUGGCCCUGGGGGCCGGCGGGAUCGGGGGCGGCAUCCAGACCGGCGGGGCGGGCCACUCCGUCUCCAUGGGGAUGGGGGCGGGGCUCGGCCAAAGCGGGGCGGGGCACAUGAUCACCAGCGGCUCGGCCACCAUCUCGGGCGGCGGGAAGGCCAACCGGCUCCCCGGCAACCUGCUGGACCAGCUGGAGAGGCGGGUCCAGGGAGGCGGAGGCGGGGGCGGGGCUGGGGCCGGCGGGGGGGCGGGGCCGGGGGCGGGGCCUCGCAACGGCUUCAGCACGCUGCAGUUCCAGCGCGGGCGCGUGGCCAAGCAGCGGAGCGAGAGCCCCGGGCGCAUCCGCCACCUCAUGCACUCGGUGCAGAAGCUCUUCACCAAGUCGCAGUCGCUCGAGUGCUCCGCCAAGGCCGCCAACGCCAACGGCGGCGCCGAGGGCGCCAAGGGCCGCCGCAGCAAGAGCAAGGACCGCGCCAAGACCGAGGGCGCCAAGCGCCGCCCGCGCUCCAACAUGUCCGGCCUCUGGACCUCCGAGGACAACCUGGACAACGCCGACCCCGUCCCCGUCAUCGGCAGCGGCGGCGGCGGGGGCGGGGGCAACGGCGUCGGCAUCGGCAUCCACCGCAACCCCGGCACCAUGAUGACGCUGGGCCGCACGGUGUCGGACGGCCAGGGCCCCGCCCGCUACUUCCCGCAGGGCUACAACACCAUCAGCGGCCACAUGCUGAAGGCCUCCAAGAUCAGCAACGAGCUGAAGUGCCCCCCGCCCUGCCCCGCCCUGCCGGCGCCCCGGGGGGAGGCGGUGGGGGCCGGGGGCGCCGGCGAGGCCAAGCUGAUGAAGCGCGGCUCCUGGUCCACGCUCACGCUCACCCAGGCCCGGCAGGUGUGCCAGAAAGGGCUGGCCACUCUGGACAAAUCCAUGCUCAAGUCCAAGUCGUGCCACCAGGACCUGGCCUACCAUUACCUGCAGGUAGGAGGGAGAGUUCCCCUCGGGGACUGGAACAGCACUUUGGGCCCGUCGCGGGGCUCCAGCGAGAUCCCGUGCCGGAGGAUGCGCAGCGGGAGCUACGUGAAGGCCAUGGGGGACCUGGAGGACAGCGAGGACUCGGAGGGGAGCCCCAAGCCCUCGCCCAAAAGCGCCGCCCGCCGCCAGAGCUACCAGAGGGCCACCCAGCACUCCCUGAGCGAGCAGCUUCCACCGCGCAACUGCUGGGAUUUUUCGCUGCUGCAGGAGGACCUGGGUCCACUGUGGUCUCCCCUGCAGAGCAUCACGUCUCUGCACCGGCUGGGCAGUUGCCUCCCUUCCCUGAGCGAGCUCUCCACCAAUCGCAGCCUGGAUAACCUGGACAGCCUGGACUGCAUGGACGGGCCGGCCACCUCUCCCUUCCAGCCCUGGGACGACAUGGACUUCAGCCAGGGCUUCGGCACGCUGGGCAGGAGCAGCCUCGCGGGCCAGAUGCAGGAGCUGUCGGCGUACAGCGAGUCGGCGUACCGCCAGUCCGGCUGCGGGCCGGCGCCCAUGCCGGCGCUGCCGCCGCUGGAGCCGCUGGACCUGCCGCUGGCCACCUGCUUCCGCUCGCGGAGCCAGAGCUACGUGAGGGCGAUCCAGGCCGGCUGCUCCCAGGACGAGGACACGGGCUCGGCCGACUCAGACACCCCGCCCCCUACCACCACCGUGCGCACCUACAGCUCCAGCACCACCUCCACCUGUAUAACCACCUCUAAGAAGGCCCCGCCCCCGGUGCCGCCCCGCACCACCUCCAAGCCCUUCAUCUCGGUGACGGUGCAGAGCAGCACCGAGUCGGCGCAGGACACCUACCUGGACGGCCACGACCACAAGAGCGAGGCCAACAGCCAAUCGGGGCACAGCAACUCGUCGGACAGCCUGACCAGCACGCGAGCCGGCGGCCCGGCCAAGGCCCCGCCCCCGGCCACGCCUGCGCCCCCGCCCGCGCCCCGAGAGCCCCCGCCUCCCAACAGCCCCCCCGGGGACCCGCCCCAACAUGAAAUCCUGAAAAUCACCACCACCUGCGCCCGAGCUGACCCCCUGCCCAAGAGGAAGCUCUCCUCCAUCGGUAUCCAGGUGGACUGCAACCAGCCCGCUCAGAAGCAGGAAACGCCCCCCUUGGCCCGGUUCCAGUCCAUCGGCGUGCAGGUGGAGGACGGCUGGCAGCAGAGUCGCUCGAACAGCAUGGCGUCGAAGCAGGAGGCGGACACUGACACGCAGGACCUCCCCGCCGCCAAGCCUUCCCUGAAGAGCGUCGGCACGGGCAGCCAUGCGGCGGACUCCCCCCCGCACCGUCUCCAGAACAACGGCGAGGGCAGGGCCCCGCGGCCGCUGACCAGCCGGACCAGCUCCGCCUCCUUCUCGGAGACGCUGGACCCCGCCCUGGACCCCUCCUCCCUGCCCCCGCCGGACCCCUGGCUGGAGAGCGGGAACGGCAGCGCUCCCUCCGGCCCCGCCCCUCCGGGGGCGUCGGCCUGCCGGCGCGACGGACACUGGUUCCUGAAGCUGCUGCAGGCGGAGACGGCCAGGAUGGAGGGCUGGUGUCAGCAGAUGGAGCAGGAGACCAAAGACAACCAGCUGACGGAGGAGGUUCUGGGGAAGGUCCGCAGCGCUGUAGGAAGCGCCCAGCUGCUCAUGUCCCAGAAGUUCCAGCAGUUCCGCGGCCUCUGUGACCAAAACUUGAAUCUCAGCGCCAACCCGCGGCCCACGGCGCAGGACCUGGCCGGGUUCUGGGACCUGCUGCAGCUCUCCAUCGAGGACAUCAGCCUGAAGUUCGACGAGCUCUACCACCUGAAGUCCAACGACUGGCAACUGGCCGACUCCCCCGAGAAGAAGGAAGAAAAGAAGCAGCCCCCACCGGUGCCAAAGAAGCCCUCAAAGGCCAAGGUGGCGGCGGGGCGGGAGAAGGCGGGGCAGCCGGACCCCUCGACGGACAAGCAGCGGCAGGAGGCGCGCAAGCGGCUGAUGGCGGCCAAGCGGGCGGCAUCGGUGCGGCAGAACUCGGCCACGGAGAGCGCCGACAGCAUCGAGAUCUACGUCCCUGAGGCCCAGACUCGACUCUGAGAAUGAGGGAGGGAGGGAAACGGAAAGACGGAGGCCAUCUUGGCUCUGGUUCUCGGCGGGAGGUGCGCGGAGGUGUAGGCUGGUCCCUGAGGCAGCCCAAAGAGCAGGAGGAGGAGGAGGAGGAGAGACGACGAUCCAGGAGAGGGUGGAGGAGUACACGCAAAAAAACAAAAAAACUAAAACUAAAACUAAAAAAAGAAAAACACUCCUUUUACAUGGCUGCCAUGGAAACACCUCAAGACUUUUAUUACUGUUGGUAUAAUUAAUAUUAUUGUUAUUAUUAUUACUGUCUCCUAAGCUAUUAUCAGACUUAUGUCUUACAUGUUAUAAGAUCUGAAAGGAAUGAGUCCACCUCCCAGAGCUGGGUGGACUGAAGUAUCAGUAUCCAAUCAGCAUCCACACGCCCCUCAACCCCGCCCCCCAGCAACUGCUUCCUACACCCUCAUUGGCACAUCAGCCUCUUGCAAACACACACACACAUACGCGCACAUGCAUUUGCUACCCAUUAAUCCUGUCUUCCUGUAGCAGAUUUUUGUGUCAUAGCUGCCGGUCAUGGUGAGUAUCCUUUACUCACGUUUAGACAAGGAUCAGGUCGUUCUAUUACUCAAGGGGGGGGGUAACAAUUUGUUUUUUUUUGUGGGAGACGAGACUGUCUUUGAUCGUCAUUCCUUCUGUUGCCAGUGCCCUGCAGACUCAGGCAGCUGCUCCUACAUCCUGCCAAUGCGCUCUCUCUCUCUUUCUCUGUCUUUCCCUCUCCCCUCCCCUCUUCUUUUCUCUCUCUCUCUCUCUCUCUCUCUAUCUCUAUCUCUCUUUCUCUGUCCCCCCUCUCUCUCGGCUGUCCUCCCUCUUUCCUGCUCAUGCCAGUGCUUGCUCUCUUGCUUCUCUCUUUUUGUUAAAGCUCAAAAACUCUCUGUCUGUCUCUCUCUCUCCCACCCUACGCCGAUGGUCUCUCUCACUUUUUACUGACUGUCCUUGGCCUCCCAUGACAUAGCGGCAGCCCUCUGAUUUUAAUACUGUGUUUAACUGACGUGCACACAGACACACAGACACACACACACACGCGCACACACACACACACACACACACACACAUACACACACACACACACACGCGCGCGCGCACACACACACAGGUACACAGCCACACAGAGGUGCAGGUUGACAGCAGACGGCUUUCCUCUUCUCAGGCACCGCUGCCCACAGCCCAGCCGGGCGUUUUGCUCACGGCCAAAGCAUACUGCAGAAACACUACACCGACUGACAGCUGCGACAAUGCCGUGGCACUGAAGGCAAUGGAAGAUAGCCUGUCUUUUUAAAAAUGGUUUUUGUCCUCAUUUUGUAUUUUUCAGUAACCUGAAGGUGUUGCACACGCACAUAUUUAUUUUACACACAGUGUAUAACGGACCGGUUGAAGAGUCUGCCAGUUUUGGAUAAUCCGUAACAUCGUGAGCACCGUUUCCUCGCACACAUGCAACCUCUCGUUUGUUAAUGUGUCAGUCUGUGUCCGCUCAUACUGACCUUGGUACCAAUCGCUUUAGGGAAUCGAGUGUGACUUUUUGAUGGAGUUUCCCUGAAGAGAGAGCAUGAACUCCCCCUGCUGGUUGCCUAUUGCACUGCAUCCCUCUUGACUCUGAGACACAGGGAGUACCAGAGGGCAUGGGAUAAGGGCGGUGGGGGUGGGUGCCAUGUUUGGCAAUUGGGGUUUGGGGGGGGGGGAUGUGGCUGUGCACACAUCCUGCCAUUAAUUUUUAUUAUUAUUAUUAUUAUUAUUAUUAUUAUUAUUAUUAUUUUGUUCUUGUUUUUCUCACAUCAAGCAGACCACUGACAUGUACCUCUCAUUGUCAAAAAGAAGUCAUUAAACAUCUUUUGAUACACA